GUUGGCUCCGUUACCGAGAGAAAGGCGAACGGGAAAAGGCGGAGAAGCCGAGGAGGGACGCCACGGGCAGACCGGCGAGGCUACGGCAGGUCUUGCACAGGACAAACGUCAAGAGCAUAAGACACCUGAGGGGCCACUUGCUGAAGAAGAGCUGGAAGCGGGGAGGGGGCAGUUACUCCUUAAAACUAUCCUGGAUUAAGAGAGCGAGCCUUUACUACAGCUUCAGCCAGAAGUUGACCAAGAGAAGACUGCUAAGCUGAUGUCCUGAACUGAGGGAUCCCUGCCUUCAUCCUCAAAACUGUCACCUGUCUUGGUUUGUUAUACUCCACCUGGUCUGCCAGCCAUCAGUCAACGACCACCACCACCACCACCACCUCCACCUUUUCCCCACCCCCUUCCUGCCCAGCCUGUCGUCACCAUGACGUCGGAGCUGGAGAGUAGCCUGACCUCCAUGGAUUGGCUGCCUCAGCUGACCAUGCAGGCGGCCAUCCGCAAGGCAGAUGCCCAGAAUGCCCAUGGGCCUGGCAUGGGCAAAAAGAGCACCCUUCUGGAUCCCAACACCACGCUGGACCAGGAGGAGGUGCAGCAGCACAAGGACGGCAAGCCACCCUACAGCUACGCCAGCCUCAUCACUUUUGCUAUCAACAGCUCGCCAAAGAAGAAGAUGACAUUGAGUGAGAUCUACCAGUGGAUCUGUGAUAACUUCCCCUACUACAGGGAGGCGGGCAGUGGCUGGAAGAACUCAAUACGGCACAAUCUGUCAUUGAACAAGUGUUUUCUCAAAGUGCCUCGCUCCAAAGAUGACCCAGGGAAGGGCUCCUACUGGGCCAUCGACACCAACCCAAAGGAGGAUGCCUUGCCCACACGGCCAAAGAAGCGGCCACGGUCCGGAGAGCGGGCUUCCACGCCGUACAGCCUGGAGUCGGAGUCUUUGGGGAUGGAGUGUAUGAUCCCUGGAAGUGCCUCUCCAACGCUGGCAAUCAACACUGUGACUAACAAGGUGACAUUGUACAACACAGACCAGGAAGGGAGCGACAGCCCAAGAAGCAGCCUUAACAACAGCCUGUCUGACCAGAGUUUGGCCUCCGUCAAUCUCAACAGUGUGGGCAGCGUGCACAGCUACACACCGGUGACUACUCACCCAGAACCUGUGUCUCAAUCUAUGAGCCUCCAGCAGCCUCCCCAGCCCCAAUACAACAUGCCAGAGAGGGACAAACAGCUCCUCUUCUCUGACUUUGAAGAUCUCAGUGCCUCCUUCCGCAGCCUUUACAAGUCUGUUUUUGAGCAGUCCUUCAGCCAACAAGGUCUGAUGGGCAUACCGUCGGAUUCGUCCCAGCAGACCCACACUUCCUGCUCCUAUCAGCACUCCCCCAGUGGCACCAUUAGCACUCAGAACAGCCUGUCAAACAACCACCCCAACAACCAUCCCAACAGCCACUCUGGCAGCGGCGGGCAGGUACCCCUGUCCCACCCUGCCCAACCCCACCCUGGCCACGGCUCGCCCCAUGCACAGCACCUCCCGCAGCACGGUGGCCCCCACACCCCACACAACCAACACAGCCAACACGCCCAGCACAGCCAACACAGUCAGCACCAACAGCACUCCCAGCACCCCCAGCACCCCCAGCACACCGCACACUCCCAGCACGGGCAGCACCCAUCGCAGCACCCGUCCCAUGGUCAGCACCCGCAGCAGCACACACCACAUCCCUCCCAACACUCACAGCACAGCCAGCAUGCUUCUCAACAUGGCCAGCAGCACCAGAGUCUCUCCCACCAGCCCCAUCCUACCCAGCAACAGAUGACCUGCAACACGGGUUUACCCUCUGACUGGUACCCAAAUUUGGAUGCACUGAAAGAAAGCUGUCGUAUCGCCAGUAGCUAUAACUGGGCUGAUGUCGACCUUUCACCUUUCCAAGGACUGAAAGAAAGUAUGAGACAAGCAGAGCUGAACAACUGGUCCCUGGAACCCACCCAGAUCGCCGACCUCUGCUCGUCUAUUAACCAGUUCUUUGCCCGCACCGGUGUAAUCCAGCCACAGGGGGCAGUGCAGCCUCCUGUUUGUCAUGGCUCCAUGCACCCCAACAAGCCCAGCCAGCACCUCAACACAGGAAAUCUCUAUAUGGACUCCAGACAGAGCAUGCCCAUGAUGGGGCCCCCGGGAUACCCCCACAUGCCCCCCAUGAGCAGCGCAGGACCCACUAUGACAGGACACCACACGCAGAUGAACCAGCAGCACAUGAUCCCUCCCAGAAACUUCCAGAUGCACCGCAUGCCAGCUGAUGACAUCCAGGAUGAUUUUGACUGGGACUCCAUCGUCUAGCCCCGAGACCUCCUUUUGAAAAGAGAAGGGAGGCGGGAGGGAAGGAACAGAGGAGGUGGAAGCCAGAGGAAGCCAGGCUGAGCUGAACGGCCACGGGAGGCGUUGGCCAUUGUGGGAGAGAUGCAGAAGAACAUUUAACAAUUUUGGAGAAAGAGAGACAGACUUCAGAGUCUUGACAUUUUUGCAAAAACAAAAACAUAACAUAUGAAAAAUGUUACUUUGAAGACAAUCAUAUUUAGUCGGACAUGUAAAAGUGAUUGCUUAUGUACUUGUCUAGAGACAAGUAGAACACAUUCAUGUCUAAACCACAUGCUCCUCAACUCCUCAGCCAGCCCUCUCCCUGUCCCCCAGCCAGCAGCCUCCCAAAGUCCCCCCCGCUCCGUAACUGUUAUGUGAUUUGAGCGACUUGUUCGGCUUGUAAUCCUUCUCGUGUUGACAUUGGCCUCAGCUGCCUCUUGGAUGAGUUUAUCUCUCUUUUUAAAAAAUUAUUUUAUUUUUGUUCUUAGGAAACACAGGCCGUCUCUAUGAGUAACGUGAUGGUGCUUGUUGGUCACUUUUGGGAGAACUUGGGUCCCACAUGGGGCUGUAUUGGUGGUAAUGUCAGGUUUACAAUAACUGAGGUUAUGAACAGGGUGUUUAAGCAGGCUUGAUAUAUAAAAAAAAUAGCAAGAGAGAGAUCGCAAAAAAAUGUGUUUUCUUUGUGAUCUGUUAUCCCAUAUCCAAUGUAUCUGGUCAGGUUCACUGCAACAGACUAGUUAUGGGAAUACGGCAACUUUACCGGCAGUAUUUUGUUUUGUUUUUUUCUCAGUGUCUCAAGCACUCCAAGAUGAAUGAAUAUGAGUGUGAGUGGGUGACUAUAGCAGGGACAUCAGACAUUUUUUUGUUUUUUUGUUUUUGUCUUUUUCGACAUUCAUUGAGCACAAAGUAAUAUGAGGUUUAUGUUUUGCGUGUGCAUUGUGUAGGUUUGUGAUAUUUGCUACAACAAUCAGAACAUGUAAUCUUAGAUUUAAACCAGGAUCUGAUUUCAGGCGAGUUUUGAUGGGAAGGUUCAGCAAUUUCAGGAGACUAUCCUACUGAUCAUUUAACAUGCCCUUUUCAUUCAAAAACACUGAAAAGGUUUGAAAUCCAGUUUUCGUUUACUGCAACUUGUUAGUCAAUGGGACAUUCAAUUAUACUUCAGACUGUGUGCAGUCAAAUCCAUAAACUUCUUCAACUGUGGUAACAGUGACAAUUUAAAAAAAAAAAAAAAAAAAACAACUUUGAGGACUUUUUUACAACUUUAAUUGUAACCGUUUCAUACCUCAUUGACUUUGACAAGCAUUGCCAACAAAUACUAACAGAAGAUUGGAAUGACUUCACGCAGGAAUUUUUUAAUGUCCUAAGUGGGGGACUGAUUAGUGUUUGAUAGGAUACACAUCCAAUUCUGAACUUUUCCUUUAAAAAGGGCACUGAUCCAUGAGCUGCAAGUGUCUUCAGUUGGGAAAGCGAGUAAAACCACAAAAGACUGUUUUCAACCUACUAUGGGUUGUAGUGAGUAUUUAAACUCUUUACACUUGCUGUUUGUUAUUCAGUCGCUUCUAACAUCUAAAUUAUAGAGACGAUUCUUUUUCUCUAAACUGCCCGAUGUUUUGUUGUGAUAGUCAGAUAGCUGAUGAUUUUGCUAUUGUACAAUCAUAACAGAAUAAGAAAUGUGAGUCAUUAAAUAGAACGUACGUAAGUGUUUGUUGUGUGUACGUGUGUGUGUGUGUGUGUGUGUGUGUGUGUGUGUGUAUGGUUUGGUUUUAUUGUAAUUUUAGGGCUAUGAUUGAUUGCUGCAAUCAUCUCUAUGCUAUCUAUGAGCACAAAAUAGAUGCACAAAAUGAUAAACGACUAGAUUUGAGACAUGCUUUGUGGGAAGGGUUUCUCAAGCACAGAGCAGGGAGACUAGUGGGUGCUGGAAACCUGUCCUCUGUGUCCGUAACGAGUGGCUCCUCAAUCAGACAGGCGCUGAACUCUAUGAGACACUAUGUUAAAAAAGCCCUUUGCACACUUUCACUUUGGUUGAUCUUAACUUUUAUUUAAGAUCGUUUAGCUGGAUAGGGACUCCAGUAGUAUCUGUAGUUUUCAUUUCAUAUUUCAAUGACAAUCAUAGAUUUUUUUUUAAUGGUUAUGUUGAGAAAAGGCACUUUUAAGUCUCACAUGAUAGAUUAUUGGAUAUUAUAUUGAAUAUUAUAGAAUCAGACUUAAUACAUAAAAGGUUAUUUGGAACUAGAACCAGCCCAGAUUCAUACUGUAGAUCUUGUGUUGAACAAGGGAGAGCUGCACUGUACAGAUGAAGUCUGGCUCUCUCUCUUUCAGCUGGGGAUACUGCCAUUCAUUUUUAUAUUUUCAGCUAAUGUUCUCAUCUGUUUUCCCCUGCCAUAACAUAGUCCACUUCUGCUGCUUCUACAGCAACUUUAAAGUGAUGAGAUUUUCUUUUUCUACUGUAUUUUGUUUGUAUAUCAAAUGUCCGCUUUAUGUGGCAGAUUGCCUUGCCUGUGGAUAUUGAUUGUUUUUAAAGUUUUGUUUAACUGCCAGAAUUUAUUAGUCAGACACUCAGAAAGCUCAGACAGGAUACUAAGUCAGCUGAGAGACCCAAAUAAAUUUCACAUGCUCAUGUCACCAUGACCAUGGGACUGCAACAGAGGACAGCGGUGAACUCACGAAUCAGUGUUUAUUAAUUAGGACUUGGAAACUGCGGACCUAAAAAUAUGGAGCAUCUUUGGCGCCCUUGGUUUGUGUAAAGGUUUGCCGUGUUACAAUUCUUCCAGGUGAAGAUUAUGAACAUAUCAUAGGCUUCUAGUUGAAAACACAUGAGCACAUUAGUCCAUGGGAAACGACAAUGGGAGGAUUUGAGUGAAUGGAUGUGGCUAAAAGGGAAAAGGUGAAGACAAUGACUGGAUCACAAUCACAAUUUUAUGUUAUUUACUUGUCUGUAUGUGUGUAUUUGUGUGUGCUUCUAUGAGCGAAUUAAGUUCCUUUUUCAAAAGGCAAUUCAAUUUUAAAAUACCGCUGGACAUGUACCUGCCAGAGAGAUUACCAUUAUUGAAAAAAACAGACAAAAAAAAGAAAGAAAAUAAGCCUUGUUACAGUAUGGGAGAGAACUGCCAACAAGUACUGCUGAUCGGGGCCUAUUUUAUUCAGUGCUGGUGUGUUGUUGUGCUUCUUGUAAAUAUGUCUUUUCAAUCAUCCCUUUUUUCCUCUUGGGGGUGGGGCAUCAAGGCAGGGGGUGGGUCUUAUUCAUGAAAAAGAGGAGGGAAAAGAAUAGAGUAUUUUGUUAUUGUCCAAUCAGAGGGUGACAGUAUGUAUAUAUCUAUAUUGUAUAUAUGUGAUGAAAAUGCGUUGGCUUUUUGUGUGACACUACCUUUUACCUGUACUAUGGUUCUACAUUCAGUGUUUCAGUGUUGAUAAUAUAUAUUUGGUUUUGUUUUGUUUUCUGUUUUUUUGAUUUUGUCUUUGUCAUUUCUUGUAUUGUUUUUUUUUUUCCUCCCCCCUCCUAUUUGUCCUUUUGGUUAUUGCACGGUUUAUUACUUUUGUUGUCCAAUGAGGUGACACAGCUACUCUUUGUAUUGGUUUAGUGCUGUAAAAUAACUCAAGUGUUAUUAGAAUUGUCGAUACCACCACCCACCCCACCCCCUUCCCCAAUAUGCAUGAAUGGCACUUAAAGAAAUAAAAUAUGUUAACUUCACUGUG